AUGCGUGUCGAUACGUCGCGCGAUGAGCCCUCAUCUUCUUCGGGUAUUUUUGAACUUGACACAGACACACAGAUGUCGAGCUCCGACAAUGAAGAGCCUUGGAUAGCGCCCAAACUCACACGCCCUAGGCGUAUUAAUCGGUUGCGUCCAUGGUCGCGUCCACCGUCUGGCUAUGUCCGCCAUGUCUCACAUGCAUCAGGUAUGCCUAUCUCACCUUGGCACCGAUCCAGUGGUGGCAGUCCCAGCUCGUGGGGCUCGUCACAGAGCUCGCCCUUUUCGUUUCAAUCGCACCCAUACCGCACAGUGCCGUCGUUUUCCAGCCCGUUGGCCCUCGCACCUGUUCUUCCGCAGGAAAUUGACAAUCCUUCUGCGCCUGAUACGAUGACAGCGGCCGCGGGCAACCCUGAGAUGCCAGCCAAGCCGUCGGGGGUAGCGUUGGAGUCAAAUUCAACACAUUCUUCGCCCCAUACAUCCCCUGGCUCGAUACCCAACUCAUAUUUUCCAGCCACUUCAUAUCGCGCGCAUCUAAAACAGUUAGAAUCUGGCAGCAUGGCGCCUAGAAAGACGCCACCAACCACGGCGGGUCUAUCAUCUAUGUCUACGUCGAACUUACUAACGCCAAGACACGCAUUGCAUCGCCGCUCACAUUCAGCAUAUGCGCCACCAAGUGACAUGGUGCUCUGUGGAUCGCCCGUGGGCGGACCUGAGGGCAUUGAUCCUGCACUUAUCGCUGCGAUUCGCCGAGACUCGACGUCGGCGGGAUCUGCGCCGUCGCGCAGGAGUCUUUCUGCCGCUCCACUUCGCUGCAUGCCAAACUCGCCUCCUGUCGAUACUUCAUUUCCCUUGGACUCGCCGAUGGGUAGUCCUGUAACGGUAGGCCGUGAUGGCAUCCGACUCCAACGCAUGCCACGGUCCGUUGCUCUCGCAAAUGAUCUCAUCAUUCCUCCAUCGCAUGUGCGUGACCUCACACGGAUCACAUCACCACUGCCGUCACCCACGGGCAAUGCAAGUGCCAUGAGUAGGCCAACGAUUCUGGGUCUCGCGCUGGCGCUUCCUGCAGAUACACCACCGCCUGGCGUCGUGCCGGCGAACCAGACUGAGGCACUGCAGGAGGCGCGGAUUCUAAGUGUGUCACGUGCGCAUAAAACACGCCGCUGGCGCCGAGCGCCACUUACGUGGCAUGACACAUGGCAUCGCGGCGUAUUGGUCUCGACGCCUACAGCAAAGAAGGCGUGUGAUCACUGGGAGGCUGUACAGCGCUCGCUGCUCGAAAUCGACACCACGUCUCCGCUGUAUUCUCGUCUAAAUGAUGGGAUUCGAGUUACCAGCUCUAUGCCGUGCCUCAUCUCCUUGCGCCCACCUUACUCGAUACCCAAACGCAAGGACGAUGUAUUUUCACAGAAGCCGGCUGUUCGCUACGACCGACAGCGCAUCGUGUCGGAGAAAGUGUCGUCGUCAGCGCAAGCGGCACGUCCGCCGAACACAUUGUCUAUUGAUGAUUCAUCGGCUGCACAGCGGCGCCGGCUGUGGAAUGAGCUUGUCCAGGCCAAGGCGCUGUGCGACACGGAGCUCGAUAAGACACUGACGGGUCUUUUCCACUUGUCUGACGAGCUUCUGGACCCUGUGGAUCCCGAUACAACGAGUGUCGUGAUGCCAUUGGAUGCGCCUAUGCCGCUCGCGCCUAUUGAACAAUUUGCAUCGAUCGCAGCGGAAAUACGCACGACAAGCCUCCAUACGCUAUUGGAGCGCACUGACAUCUGCAGCUCGGCCAUUUCGAAUGUCCAGUCGCUCGGCACUCUGUGGGAGGCACACCCCGACUGGCCCGGCCGCGGCUGGUACGUCGAGCUUCUCUUGACGCUUGCCGCUUUAAGUCGCGUGCUGGAGUGGUGGAAUGCGGAGCAUUGCUUUUGGACAGAAGAUCAUGCCUGUGUUACCAAGUCGCCUCGCCCGACCCAACGGCCAUCGCCGAGAUCCUCACACGUGGGAUCAUUGUUGUCGCGCUCGCUCACAUCUGACCAUGCAUCUGCCGAGCAAAGUCCCAUUUUGUCCGAUGCACCAGUGCCGUCGCCUUUGUCGCAGCCCAUGGAGCUUUCGACGUCUUCGGAUGCGCCGCCACCGAUGCGUCGAUCGCUCUCAGGCUCCCUAUCGCAAUCGCCGCACUCGCCAUCGCACCUGGCGUACGUGCGGCCAGAGUCACCUUCGCCAACGCCACCGCCACCGCCGACAUCGUCAAUUCUGCUUGAACUUACUCUCGACUUGCACAUCCAGUUUGUCAGCACAGCCUGGCACCGCAUUUUCGGUACAGACCCGUCAAAUGUCAUGGGCGCCCCGGUGUCCUGUGUCCUAGCAAAUGGAGACGCGGCACUGCUCGAGGAAGCCACGCACAAGCUGUUAGAAAGCGCCGGGCACACGGUGGAAGUGGCGCUGGACGUCGCGGUGGCUGGCACAUCAUCGGCCCAUCAGCCUAUGGAAAUGACCGCACAGGGCAUGCUCGCGCACCACCAUGCCACGCGCGUGCCAUCGCACACAAUGUGGGUGUUGCAUGCGCGUCAGCAGUAUGAACCAUCGACAGGCGAGAUGCGUUUUGGUGGCGCAAUUGGCGGCUUGCCAGAUGACGCGUCAGCCAUUUCGACAGACUUGGUGCUGUGCCGGAUCUGUGAGAGUGACGUGCCGGCGUGGUUUUUCGCCAAGCACUCUGAAAUCUGCCACGAAAUCCACCGUCUCGAAUUGACAAUGGGUACAUGCAAUGAGACGCUAUGGGCAUUGAUCGAGUCUGUCGCAGCGCUGCGCUCCGCGCUGCUGCAGAAUGAGCCAGCAAUGUAUCGUGAUGGACACAUCAAGACGGACGAUGCGGGCCAUACGUUGCGUCUGUUAGAUGAUCUGUCCCGCACACUUAGAACAGCCAUGUCGAUUUCUACGCCGGAGCUGCCGGACAACAUGGAAGAAGUUGCUGGCAUGCGUCUGCUCUCGCCACCUAGCAAUGCCAACGUGCUCAUGCUCAAGACCUGGCAAGCAGACGCUGGCACGGAUGAUCCAACGACGCGCUUGCUGUGCGAAGAUGCGACGGAGGCGGUGCGGAACAAGAUCCGUGCCGUCAAGCGCAUGUGCAACACCAUUGUGUAUGUGGAGACGGUGCGGCGUGAGAGCGAAGAGUACGUGACGAUGCUCCUCGAUGACAGCCACGAUGCAACGCUGCACAUGCAUGAUGAUCUGCCCAAUCCGCCUGUGAUUGUCGAUACACCAUCCGAGGAGGUCGAAGACACGCUGGCGGGAGUAGGGCACAUGCUGCUGGAUCCGGUGGAUGACGCAUCAGAUGACGAUGCGGCUUGGUCUCGUCCACGACGCCCACCGAUCCCCAUUCCCGGCGCGCCAAGCACUCGCAAGGACUUGCUUUCGACGCCGCCACUCUCGCCACACGUGUCAUCAUCAUCAUCGCACGACGGCCACGGCCGCAGUCUCGCAAAAAGUCCACGCUUCGGCGUCACGCCGAAUUCGCCGCAUGUGCUUCCCCCUGUCCAGGCACGCACAACGGCGAGCUCGAUUCGCGACUUUGAAUUACUGAAGCCCAUCAGCAAGGGCGCAUACGGCUCUGUGUUUCUCGCACGGAAGCGUGCGACAGGUGACCUGUAUGCCAUCAAGAUUCUCAAAAAGUCCGACAUGAUUGCUAAGAACCAAAUCACCAAUGUGCGUGCGGAGCGCAUGAUCUUGAUGAACCGCACACAGUCCCCGUUCGUCGUGAAGCUGUUUUUCACAUUCCAAAGCCCCGAGUACCUGUAUUUGGUGAUGGAGUACUUGCCCGGCGGCGACUGUGGGUCGCUUGUCAAGACGUUUGGCGCCUUGCCAGAAGAGUGGGCACAGCAGUACUUGGCCGAAAUGGUCCAAGGGCUCGACUACCUGCAUAGCACUGGCGUCGUGCAUCGAGACAUGAAACCCGACAACCUGCUGAUCGAUAGGCAAGGCCAUCUGAAACUCACUGACUUUGGACUUUCGAAACUUGGCCUGCUCGGAAGGCACCGCCCCACGCCCCAUGUUACUACCGAAGAACACGCGCCGAUGCCGACAACGUGGGCACAACCAGGCUCGAAGCGCUCGUUGCCCGUGCCGCUAGCCAAUGUGUCGGAGUCUGCAUUCAUGUCACCAGCAAACACCGAUUCAUCCACCAACACCGAGACAUUUUUCCACAGUAUGUCCCAGUGUGAGACAAACAGGCGGAUCGUCGGCACACCGGACUACCUCGCGCCAGAGAGCAUCCUGGGUGUGGGAAUGGACGACUUUGGCGUCGACUGGUGGGCUGUGGGAGUAAUCCUCUUUGAGUUCCUACAUGGCUACCCGCCGUUCCAUGCCAGUACCCCUUCUGACGUGUUUGAUCGGAUUUUGUCGCGCCAGAUUGCUUGGGAUGCCGACAUCGGGAUCCCACCUGAUGCGCACGACUUGAUUGAUCGUCUGCUUUGCAUGAAUCGAAAGCAUCGCCUCGGUGCAAAUGGCGUGGCUGAAAUCAAGGCACAUGCGUACUUUGACGGCAUCGAUUGGGACCAUUUAACAGACCAGCCGGGGCCAUUUGUGCCGCAGCUCGAUGACGCUGCGUCCACGGACUACUUUGAUGCACGUGGCGCGGUGCCCCAGUUAUGGCAGGACGACGAUCGCCCCCAAUCUGCAGAGCCACCUGGCUCAGCCCGGUCGACAUCGAGUGGCUCAGGCACACCAAAUGAGUUUGGCUCGUUCAGCUACAAGAAUCUUCCCGUGCUCAAGCAGGCAAACGAUGAAAUGUUGCGCCGGAUUCGCAUGGAAUGUGCCCAGAACUCGCCGUCGUCGCCUGCAGCUAGUGUGUCGUCCACCGGUUCGAAUCCAAUACCUACAACACCGUCAAUCCCAUCGUACCGCCGUUCUUGGUCAGAACGAAUGAGUCGUUCUCGCACGCGUACAUCGUCGUCCAUGUCGACACGGUCUGACGGCAAGAAUACUCAGCGGCACGUUCUUCUGGCAGACAUCAACCCUGUCUCGCGCCAUGUGCUCCAACAUAUUCUCACAAGCAUUGAUGCGCAAACGACGCUGGCGAUGGACGGCGCAGAUUUGGUGCAGCUUGCUAUGGGAGACACGGUUUUUGAUGCUGUCUUUAUCAAAUUGGGUAUGCAUGGCGUUGACGCUCAGGACGGUGCUCGCAUGAUCAAGUGUACACGGAAUGUCAAUGCGAGCACACCGAUUGUCGCCGUCGUUACGGGCGAUACUCAAAUUGAUGUGGCUGGCAGUGUGUUUGAUGCGGUCUUGCAGCUGCCCUCAUCGCCUGCAACUAUAGCAUCACUGUUGUCUUCACUCCACCAGGAGUCAUCUGCACCCGUUGCAGCCACCACGAUUGACGAGGCAACGCCUAUUGCCUUGGCUCAGCUGGCGUUAUAG